GCAACAUGCAAUCAGUUUUGAAAUAAAUAUAAAACCCAUCAGUGAAAAUGUGAUGCGUUCCAAUCAUAGAAUGAGCACUAUUAGUUGGAUAACAUACAAAAAAUCCAGAAUAGGUGGACCUUGGGACAAACUAGCUCUCUAUUUUAUCUCUUUCAAUUUACUGCUGCAGUGCCAGGAAGGGAGAGCCUCCUGCUUUCCCUAGGCUUCAGCAUAAGGUUUUGCUCCUCAGCAGUUCCCCUUCCACAAACAUCUGAAGCAUUUGCAACUGUGACUCACCCAAGGCCACCUCGGGGCAGCUGUGGCGUGAGAGGGACACGACUGCAGUGAGUCCACAGGGGUGCUGCUCCGUGGUGCCAGAGCUGGUGCGGCUAAUGAGAACCUCCCCUGAUGCCACUGCUCCUACCAGAGAAUGCUGUGAAAAGUGAAGCAAUUGUGGCACUGUGAGAGCUCAUAAAAGCAGCUUCCACUGUUUCUCUUUGCUGUCUCCACAAGAGUAAAGGAUAAAACCAACAGUGAAAAUUUAAAUCCUAAAGGGAUAACAACUUACAUCAGUAUUCUUUGAGUGUCUCAACUCUUAUUAUGGUUGCACCCCCCCCAAUAUCAAGGAGGACAAAUUUUCUUCGAUGGUAUUAUCUGGAGGAACUUUUUUAUCAGCUGCUGGGAAAAGUGGCAAAAAUUCCUUUUUCUUGGGCCUUGGUGCAUGCUAAGCCCACCACCUCCUUCUGACUCCUUCUGAGCACUAAGCUCCUUUUUUCCUGUCCCUCACACCCUUCUCAGAAUGGCUUGAGCUGCAAAAAGGCAGCCAGCUGCUUUUGCAUGCAGAUUUCUGUAAGAAAGGCAAGCUCAAAAAAAAUUUUGGCUGUAAUCUGUUAGAGAAAGUGGCAGGUUGAAGAAAAACACCUGAAAACCGCUUCAAUAGGAGCUAACUUUCCAUUCAGAAGUAAGCCAAGCAACUUUAAACCCAGAGUUCACUUUAUUUGAUGGCAGCAACACCCUUCGCACAGAAAAGCGAAAGAAAAAAGCUGUCCUCAGCCGGGUGGUGGUACCUCCUGAGCAAGUUUGUUUGCCUCCUGACUCCACCUGCUGGGAAGAGACCCCACUACUACCUGCUAUCGGCGCUGACACGUUGUCAGGAGAGCUGAGGUGAAUCACCGUGCGCUCGCUCCGGCUCCCCCCUCACUGUGGCUCUCUGGAUAUUUAAAUAUUGGGCAGCUUGCAACAGGCAUAGCAGGAGAGUCCUCCCCUGCGCUGCUUCGUGCACCGCCACUCGACCCUCUUCCGCGAGGUGCGGGGUGUUGGCUCGAUUGCCCCUGGAUGCUCGUGUAGCUGGGGUCUGCUUUUCUGAGGAGACCAGAGGUGCCCAGAGGUGCUUAGAAACAGGUCUUUCUCGGCCUCUUCUUAGAGUUAGUUACUUUAAAACGUUUACAUGACUUCUGGAGCAGAAACGGCAAUUUAGAUGAUUCUGCCGUCGGAUGAAUGCUGCGGCCACCUCUAGUUCAUCCUCCCCAGCUUGGUGGACGAAGGGUCAUCUACAAAGUGUCUCUCAAAGAAGACUCCACAAUGAAAAAAACAACCCAGUGUUGCUUCUUACUCAUCAUCCUUCUAACUAGAAUUGUUCCAAGUCUUUCUUCUGCUGUAAAUUAUACUGAUCCUACAUUAGAGCCUGUAGUAACUGAAAAUUCAGUCAUACGGCAGAAGAUAAUAGAUUCGCAGUUCAAAUGUUAUGAGAGGAUGAACAGAGCUCCUCCAUACAAGAAAAAAGGUCUGUUCUGCAACCGAACAUGGGAUGGCUGGUUGUGCUGGGAUGACACACCUGCUGGAAGGCUCACUGCUCAGAAUUGUCCAGAUUAUUUUCCAGACUUUGAUCCAACUGAGAGGGCCUCAAAAUACUGUGAUGAAACUGGAAAUUGGUUCCGCCAUCCUGAGAGCAACCGAACCUGGUCCAACUACACCCUGUGCAACUCUUUCACCUCUGAAAAAUUGAAGAUGGCGUUCAUACUUUAUUAUAUGGCGAUCGUUGGCCACGCUUUGUCUAUAACAUCCCUGUUGAUUUCCUUGGCAAUUUUCUUCUAUUUCAAGAGCCUCAGCUGUCAAAGGAUAACACUGCAUAAGAAUUUGUUCUUUUCCUAUGUGCUGAACUCCAUGUUUACAAUUGCCCACCUCAUUGCUGUCGUCCCUAACCCAGGCCUUGUAAAAAGGGACCCUGUCAGCUGCAAAGUGCUGCAAUUCUUUCAUCAGUACAUGCUGGGCUGCAACUACUUCUGGAUGCUGUGUGAAGGCAUUUAUCUCCACACGCUGAUCGUGGUGGCAGUGUUUGCUGAAGAACAGCGUUUGCACUGGUAUUACCUCUUGGGCUGGGGGUUCCCUUUAGUGCCAGCAUCCAUUCAUGCAGUUGCGAGAGCCAGAUACUUCAAUGACAACUGCUGGAUGAGUGUUGACACACACUUGCUUUAUAUUGUUCAUGGACCUGUAAUGGCAGCUCUAUUGGUCAAUUUCUUCUUUUUGCUGAACAUUGUCCGCGUUUUGGUGACAAAGCUGAGAGAUACCCACCGUGCUGAGUCCAACAUGUAUAUGAAAGCUGUCAGAGCUACUUUAAUUCUGGUGCCCUUACUGGGAAUUCAGUUUGUUAUUAUUCCCUGGAGACCAGAAAACCGACUUGCUGGAGAAAUAUAUGAUUACAUCAUGCACAUACUAAUGCAUUACCAGGGCUUACUUGUGGCUACCAUAUUCUGCUUCUUCAAUGGUGAGGUGCAAGGAGCUCUGAAGAGGCAGUGGGCGCAGUACAAGACGCAGUGGGGCCAGCGGCGCCGGGAGCACUGCUCCACGCGAUCUACCUCCUACACGGCCACGUCCAUCACUGAGGUCCCUGUGUACCUGUACCACCACGAUGCCAACAAUGAACACUUGAAUGGCAGAUACGCAGAGGACUCUGAACUUGUUGCGUUAAAAUCUGGAGACACGUCUGCCUAGCUCAGCACCAGCUGCAAACACAUUGUUUCAUGUUCUGCUUGUGAGGAAAUUGGGGAGAAGGGUGGGAGUGUGGAAAUCCAAGAUGCUGUGUCAGAGUGCAGGCCCAGGCAGAAGGACACAUCCUAUUCAAACCACAUCAACCUCUGACAGCAAUGAUGUAGAGGGAGUGUGAUACAGACCUGGAAUAGCAUUUCUUCCGGUGCACCGCAGAAGGGAGUGAACAUGGACCUGCCCACCAGGCUCCGUAAUCUCCACAUCUCCUGAUACCUGUAUGAAGUGACCAUCUGACAUUUGUAACAGCCCCAGGUAGCCAAUAGCAAAGAGGAAAGAAAGAACCAGUAUGUGGCAAUUGGAAACUUUCAGCAGUUUUUUGCUCUUGGUACUUUUCAUUAACACUAGAUUUUAAACCAUCAACUUUCACAAAGUGUAACUGACUUGGAGUCAUUUAUUUUUCCCUUUAAAUUAGCUUGAUGACUGCUUAAAAGAUUUUACACAUUGCAAGAAAAAUCAACCAUAUGAACAACAGAAGGGCUUUCCAAAGUAUUGAAAUCUUGAUGCUUUCCAAAGAAUGCCACAAAAUAAUACCAUCCCCAAAGGAUAUCCCAAAAUAUUAUCAUCCCUUUAGCAGGAGCAUAAAGCAAAUUAAGAUAAAAUAGUCAUUGCAUACCAAGAUCUCAAACACCCUCAGAGAUACAAAUCAAUUCUUCAGGCUUAAUGACACAAGUCCUGAAGGCAUCUCAGAAUAGAUUUCAUUUAACAAUACUGGUAGAUAAAGAAUAUGUAUUUAUAGGAAAAAUUGUCACCCUAUUACUCUACCCAGAAACUCAUCAUUAAGACUCAAUUCUCUCACUCUGAAUAAGCUUUGAAAUUAGUUUGGGAACUAUGUUUUAUUUAGUAGGCAUUCUGAGUUGAGUGCUAGAUGAAUGCUUGUCUCUGUUAUAAAUUUGUUAUCAUGGCAGAAAAUGCUCUUAUGAAAGAAAUCAGGAAUCAACACCAUAGCCCAGGAAUAAUCUGCUUUUAGAAUAUGGUUGUUCUCCUGAGUUCCUAAUCAUUACAUAGUCUUGCCAAAACCUUUAUAAUCUAUUUCUGCUUCUAUUGAAAUUAGCACACAAAUCCCUGUUAACUUGGAUGAGCAAUGAACAACUGUCUUCAGUGUUCAGGAAUGAGUUACGCAAUACAGUUCAGUGUAGACUUCAAAAACAUGAGGCCAUUUCCUCCACAGUGAUUUGAAACCAUUUUUAAAUGUUGUAUCCAGCCAGGCUGAAUUUCCUUCCCUGACACAACCAGAUUCUAAGCUUUACCCUCAAUUUGUAGAUUUUAAAUGGAGAAAAAAUGUACGUGUCUAGUUACGAGUCACCACCUCCCUGGAAAAGUCCCCUCCAGAAGCAAGUUCAUGAGGCAGAGCUGUAAAGCAAGCACUGUGAAAAGGGACCAGAUUCACCCUGUCCAUACACGAGGCAAUGCCUUGCAGGGAGGGAGGCUGCUCUGUUUUCACCACCAGCACACCCACCAGCUGUGUACCACGGCACAUUGUCCCCAGAAUGAGGAGGAAGCUGCCAGCUCUGCCACUGUAGAACAAAGGAGGAGCUGGGGAACAAGAAGGAGUUGUCUGCUGGCGGUGCAGAUCACCACACGGUCAGUCCAGCGGAACACCCACAAGAAAACAUCAUCGUGUGUGCUUGUUCAAGCCACAUGCCUACUUUUCAGACUUCCAGGAAUACAAAGACAGUUACUUUUUCAAACAGUAUUUCUCAUAUUGCAAUUUCUACUUUCACCAGUGAACAAUACGAAAUGGAGGAGCCAGUUGUUAAAGACAAUAAAGUGGCUCUGCUACGAAUCUGUAUUAUUCUGAAUAGCUUUGGGGCACACUGCACUUCCCAGGAGGGCUGCAAGAAGGCAUUCCUGCUUUCUAAAGACACAGAUGAGCUGAUUGUAAAAGAAAUGUGAAUAAUAUAGAGAGUUUAAUAAUGAACAUGUCAGUUUUAAUAAUGUAAAGUUUACAACAUGUAAGUGCAAGUUGUUCCACAGUCAGCUACGUUCAUGUGGAUGUACAAAAUGGAAAUGCUUUACCAUUAUACUGAUUGUUUUCUUUCUUCUAUAGUGAUAUUUUCUUGCUCUGUUUAGUAGAGUGCUCUGAAAAGUCACAUUCAGAAUCUGAGGUUUAGGAUAUUGUUUGCAGCUUUGGUGUUCUUGUGUCAGUCUUUAUGGAAGUUUUGGUUUCAGUCAAGGGAUGAUGAUUUCACAAAAAAAAUUGGUAAAACAUACGCACUGACUUUAGGGCUGUCAUCACACUUGGGUUUUGUAGGAAAGGCUGAUUUUUAAAGGUACUUACUGAGUAAUUUCUAAUCAAAAUAUUUUCCAAUGGGAAAUGCUAUUUUUCUUCAUCUCAACAUGGUUUGAAAUGCCAUAAUUGCACACAUAAGGUACAUUUUAUUCUCUGCUUUAUAAAUAGCACCAUACACUAGUGACAGUAAUAUUGAGAAUGCUGAUACAACCUCAAUAAUUCCAAUUAUGACAGUAGGCUGAUUUGACUCAAAUAGAUUUCAGAAGAACAGCAGAAACAUAUAAUUAAUAUAUCAGUGUAUCAAAAAGUACGGAAGGAGCUGACACUUGAAUCAGCGGAUUUUAAGAGGAAAACAACCUCACAUUUAUCACCUCUGCAGUAUCUGCUUCCUCUCAAAUGCCACACCCAACACAUGAAAACCCAGUUUAGUGAGCAUUUGCUCUUGCAGGUUUUGUGUGGUUGCUCUGAGCAACCAAAUCUAUCAGGAAGAUAGAUUUAGAUGGAUGCUGGUUGUUAUGCUUUAUGCGAUACAGAAACACAGCACAAAUUAAAAUAUUUGUUGUGGCAUGGGAUGUUGAAAGUAAGAUUUUUAUUUUAUUUACUUAAUAAAUAUAUUUUAUCUGAAAUAAAACAGCAACAAAAGUA